GCCAUGGAAGCUGAAGAAACGAUGGAAUGUAUCCAGGAAUUCCCUGAACACUAUAAAGUUAUUUUGGAUAGACUGAAUGAACAACGUGAGCAAGACCAGUUUACGGAUAUCACUCUGAUUGUCGAUGGUCACCAUUUCAAAGCUCAUAAAGCUGUUCUUGCUGCCUGUAGCCAGUUCUUCUACAAAUUCUUCCAAGAUUUCACUCAGGAGCCCUUGGUGGAGAUUGAAGGUGUAAGUAACAUGGCAUUUCGUCACCUAAUUGAGUUCACCUAUACAGCAAAACUGAUGGUCCAAGGUGAGGAAGAAGCAAAUGAUGUUUGGAAAGCAGCUGAGUAUCUACAGAUGUUAGAAGCGAUCAAAGCACUUGAAAUCAGGAACAAAGAAAAUUCAUCACCCUUAGAAUCAAAUCAAGCACAAGGUAAAAAUAAACCAAAAAAGAGGAAGAUAGCUGAAACCUCUAAUGUUAUCACAGAAACACUGCCAUCUGCAGAAUCAGAGCCUGUUGAAAUUGAGGUUGAGAUUGCUGAAGGGACAAUUGAAGUGGAAGAUGACAGCAUCGAAACGCUUGAAGAAGUAGCUUCUGCAGAACAAUCCAUAAAGUACAUACAGACAACGGGUACAUCAGAUGAAUCUGCUUUGGCUCUUUUGGCAGAUAUCACCAGCAAGUAUCGUCAGGGAGAGAGAAAAUGCCAGAUCCAAGAAGAAGGUGAUAGUGCAACUGAUCCCUCAUGCAAACAGGUAGAAGGUAUUGAAAUUGUGGAACUUCAGCUGUCACACGUGAACAAUUUAUUCCACUGUGAGAAAUGUAACCGUUCGUUUAAAUUGUUUUACCAUUUUAAGGAACACAUGAAAACACACUCUACUGAGAGUUACAAGUGUGACAUAUGCAAUAAAAGGUACCUACGAGAGAGUGCUUUGAAACAGCACCUCACCUGUUACCACCUUGAUGAAGGUGGUGCCAGCAAGAAGCAAAGACCUGGCAAAAAAAUCCAUAUAUGCCAGUACUGUGAUAAGCAGUUUGACCACUUUGGACAUUUUAAAGAGCACCUCCGGAAGCACACAGGUGAAAAACCAUUUGAAUGUCCAAACUGCCAUGAACGUUUUGCUAGGAAUAGCACACUCAAAUGUCACCUGACGGCCUGUCAAUCUGGAGCUGGAGCUAAAAAGGGAAGGAAGAAGCUGUACGAAUGUCAGGUUUGUAACAGCGUGUUUAACAGCUGGGAUCAGUUCAAAGAUCACUUGGUAAUACACACUGGUGACAAACCUAACCACUGUACCUUGUGUGAUUUGUGGUUUAUGCAAGGCAGUGAGCUGAGAAGGCAUCUCAAAGAAAUGCACAAUAUUUCAGAACGCAUAGUGACAGAAGAGGUUCUUCCAGUGGAAGCUGUGGAAGCUGAACCAGUAACAUCAAUGACUAUAAUAGAACAAGUGGAGCAAGUCCAUGUCCUGCCAGUAAUUCAGGUACAAGUGGAUCCUGCACAGGUAACUGUGGAACAGAUGCACCAGGAUCUCAUCCAGGACAAUCAAGUGAAAGGCACGCAGAUGGAGGAACUGCAAGAACAGGUGCAAAUUAGUUACUUGGAAGUUGAACACAUUCAGACUGAACAAGGUGCUGAAGUUCAUGUGGAGCAGCUACAUGUUGAGCACGUAAAUCAAAUACAGAUGGAAGAAGUACAGGCAGAACUUAUAGAUGGAACAGACCUUGAACAAGUAGAAUAUGAAAGUGUUGAUCAAGGAGAAGCAGAAGAAAGGGAACCUAAUCAAGUAAACGAUGCAGAUAAGGAAGAUCGUGAACAAGCUGAAGACUUAAAAACUCAACAUUUAGUGGACACGCAGACUGAAAAGGUGGAUGACUAGGACAAAUAACUGUGCAGGUUUAGGAGUGAAAUACCAAAUUAUUUUUGUUAACUUUUACAUUGAUUUUUGAACCGUCAGUGGUCAUCUUUCCAAUAUGCUGUCUUUAGGAAGCUGGACAAGUGGACCAAAAUUAGCUUUCUUCAUGUACAGCUAAACUUCUCUCUUAUGUGAAAAAUAACUUUCCCAUUCAUGUAAUACCAUGGAAGAGAAACUACCACAGACACGGACAGCUUUGUGAGGAUUUUAAUAAUGAAUAGCUUGUAUCAUUAUUACACCAUACCUGGGUAUAUGUAAGAGUAAC